AUGUUCGUCAAACCGGCUCGGCUGCUCAGCAUCGCUGACGCGGUCGCUGCAUACUGGCAUACCGGCAUGCACGUAAUUUGCACCUUUCGGCUGUUCGCCGUUGCUGUGUUUGGCUAUGGCUAUGAACAUCACGACUACCAUUCGCAUCCGAGCUACAAGUUCGAGUAUGGAGUAAAAGAUCCCCAUACCGGAGACCACAAGAGCCAGUGGGAGCAUCGGGAUGGUGAUGUCGUCAAGGGACAGUACACCCUGGAGGAGGCUGAUGGAACGCACCGUGUCGUCGAGUACUCGUCGGAUAAGCACAACGGAUUCCAGGCUCACGUGAAGCGCGUUGGUCAUGCUCAUCAUCCGGAAGUGUACGGACAUCAUGAGGGUGGACACUCGUACGGUGGACAUGGUUACGGAAAGGCCAGCAGCUAUAGCAAACUCGAUCAGCAUCAUUAA